AUGUCGUUGAAUGGGCUGGACAAUGCGGCGGUCAAGGAAGCGCACGAAGCUGCGACUGCCGAGCCGGGCGGAUGGUUCCUCCUGAAAUACGCAAGCCGCGAUGAGGUCGACGUGUACGGCCGCGGCACGGGCGGCAUCGUGGAGAUGCGAAAUGCCAUCGCCAACUACGAGGACCCGUCGCCGCUCUACGGCUUCCUGAAAUACCGGCGAAGAAACGUCAUCCUGAAAUACCAGCCCGAGGACUGCUCGCGGCUUGUUCAAGCCCGAGCUACUGUUCACUUCAAUGCCGUCUGCGAGAGGUUCGCCCCCUACAACACGACCUUCGAAAUUAUGACGGCCAAGGAGCUCAAAGACACCAAGCUCUCAGCCGCCUGCUCACUCCACACGGCCUCCGGCUCUUCGUCGUCGUCCAACAGCUCGUUGCGCCGACGACGCCUGAUUGAAAUCACCGAGGAAGAGGAGGAGGAGGAACGCGAAAGAAAGAGGCAGUCCAUCGUUCAGGAAGAAAGACCUGGCACCGCCGGAGACACCACCGCUGCUGGCCCGCCGCCUUCAUCGCCGCCAGAGCCUGCGGUUGUCCUCGACAAAGAACAGCUCAACCGGCCACAGGAGCCGAACUUUGCUUCCACGGCAGAAGAACCGACCUUCGAAGGAGUGCGCCCGACAUCCCCAGCCAAGUCCGAUUUCCACGUUCAGGAAAACCGCCGGCUGUCCUCCCAAACGGCGAGACCCGACCUAUUCAGCUAUUCUACCUACACGUAUGGCAAGCCCAAGGUGAAGCUCGCCCCGAGGCCAUCUUUGGAAGCCAACAAGAGACCGCACACCGCCGGCACCUUUAGGCCAGUUGCCGCUUUGCCUGCAGGCUUCAAGCUAGCCUCCAAGGGUUCAAAGAGAGGCAGGUCUGGAUCGCGGGACAAGACGGACGAAGAGGCCGACCUCGAACAGGACGCAUCAGAAUUGCCGGCUCUUAAUACUUCCAUCACCAUCCCUGAGGUUCCUGCGGAGUCCGAAAGCACCACCCUCCCACCGCGACCAAACACAAGUUCUGGCGCCUCCGUCCAAUCUGUCCCAGCAAUGGUAUCUGCCAAGGAUAACAAGAUGACGCCGGAGAAGGCGAGGCUCAUGAAGGCGAUGAAGAUGCGAGAGCAGAGGAAGAAGAUGAGCAUCAUGACCUCGGCACCGGCCCCUAUCGCUGAAGUGCCGGUCGCGCCUGUCGUCGAAAAAAUCGAGGAAUCAUCGGAACAGUUGCAUGCUGAGGAAACAGCUGAGGCUCACGAUGAUGACUCUCAGCUGUCCCUUUCCCAUGCAGACUCUGCGAUCGCCGUGGAUCUGCCCACUCCGCUGACAGUAAGCACCGAGGCGACCGCCGACGACACGUUUACAGACUCCCAUCCGGCCUCACCUACUGUCGCGUCCUCCGAGAUAGGAGAGUCCACUAAAGCCUCUUCGCUAUCCGAUUCGACCGAUGAGACCAUCCAGGCUACGAAGGAGGCCGAACUGGACUACAAUGACAAGGGACGCGACACGGAAGCCGAUCUCGCCACAAACCUGUCCAAGUCGUCUGAUUCGGCCGAGCCUGAGACACAUGAUGGGAUUGGUGCACACGAAAUUACACCAGUCACUUCGGAGAUCGAGCGCGUUCCAGAGGCGCGCGAGGCUGCCAGCAAAACAAUCGAGCCCGAGACAAUCAUGCAGUCCAUUGAAGUCGAGGAUGCAUCCCCCUCAAAGUUGGACGUGCGAUCCCAGGAGGUCGGUUCACCACAGGACGGCGAAGAAUCGCCAAAAUCGCCAUAUGGGAUUCCCGUCUCCAAGUUUUCCAGUAACGACAAAUCGCCCACUACACCGAGCUUGAAGUCCAAGUUCUCCACCCAGGACCUCAAGGUUCCGUCCGAACCUGUACCAGCUCUCCCUACGCUUAUCACUCCCCCCACCGCCGCGCCGACUCCCGACUUGCCGCACGUUGAGGGCGACCGCUCUGACGCACCUAGCCCUGACCCAUCGCAUCUCGUCCCGGCGCGAUCAGCUAAACACAAGAUCUCUCCCAUCCGUACCGACCUGGCGAGGGAGACGCCCGAGUCUGAGAUAUCUGACCCGCUCCUCGACGAUGCGCUCAUGGAUGAGCUCCAAGCCGCCACUGUCCAGGAAGCUGUAAUGAUCUCCAAGUCUCCAAUCACACCGGUCUUCCCAUCUACAAGUCCCAAGCGACCACAUACCAUGGCUGACACAAAGCCACCGCCAUCGCGUGCUUUCUCCAAUCCCAUGCGAGGCCCUCUACUCAGUCCAGGUGACGUAUCGUCGAGCUCAGCGCGCAGUGUGUCAGCUGGCGGAGCAGCCUUCCUCCACAGCAUCACUCGACAGCCCUCUAACGCUGGGCUCUCGACGAAAAAAGGUACUGGUAACAGCAUUGCCCAGCGCAUCAAGGCCCUUGAGCAGCUGUCCGGUAAAAGUAGCAGCGAGGACCUCAAAGCCAAAUCAUCAGCGCCUGCCACAAGCUUCAUCAGUGUCCGGAAACAGCAAAGCAUCCGAGACUCGUCAAAGUCACCAUCACUGACCGAACCCGCUCGGCCUAUGAGCCGAAAGUCUCCCACGCCCGAUCGGACUAGGGAAGAAUCGCCGGAAGUGUCGAGCAAUGUAGCAUCGCGAUCGAGGUCUGGUUCGGUGGCUAGCCGUCUUUCUAUGUUCCAACAUGGCGCACAGCAACCAAGGGGCCGCCCCGAGUCAAUCCAAGUGACUGCACGUAUCGUGCGAGACCCCAACCAGUCCUUUCCCCGAAGGCCAGCCAGCAGGGACCCUGAGGAGUAUAACUCAGCAGAGCUCAGGCAGUCGCCGCUGGUGGUUGACCAUCUGAAGGCGAUGCCCGAGGCUAUCACUACAUCGCAGCCCGAGCCCGCACAACUUCCCGCCGUUGACACACCGAAGGAGACUAUCCAAGAGAGGCGUCUAUCUCGGGACAGAAAAGCUUCCGUCUCUGAGGAUGAAGUUGGACUCAAGCGCCGCACCUCCUUGAGCAUUGUUAAGGACUUUAUCAAGGAGCGUCGCCAAUCCAUCACCAGCAAGUCUACUGACAACUUGGCGGCUCUCUCCCCUGCCCCCACUUCCGCGAAAUCUCCCUCCCGACCUCCUUCUGUCCACCAGACCAGCGGCAGCAGCUUGGCCCGGCGCUUGUCUAUCUCCAGCCGGCGCUCAUCCUUUAGCCGGGAGAAUGACAAUUCUACUCCACUCAUGUCACCAUCGGCUGUCACAGACGCCAGCUCGGAUGAUGCUGACAAGGCAAGCCUCGGUGACAAGAAGUCAAAGAGCCGUACUCAACGCUUUAUGCGCCGCCUAUCCAACUCAUUGGGCGGCACCCGAAAGACCCUGACACCAAAUACACCCACUACAGUGCGUGAGGAAGACGAGGUUAUUGGCGGUCCUUCAGCAGGCAUCUCGCGCACCACGGCCCAGCCGGCUCUUGCCGCCUACAUGGGCGAUGUAAACGUCCAGUUUCCGGACAACCUCCUCUGGAAGCGCCGUAGCUUAUGCCUCGAUGCGCAAGGUUUCCUCAUUCUCAGUGCUGUCCAGGGCGCCGCUUCCAGCGGUACAGAGAAGAGUGGUAUCAAGCGCUACCAUCUCAGCGACUUCCGCCAACCCUAUAUCCCCGAUGUCGAUGUUCAGGAACUUCCCAACAGCAUAUGUCUUGACUUCGUUGAAGGUUCAAGCCUGCAGCUGGCUUGUGAGGAUCGGCCGGGUCAGAAGCACGUGUUAACUGCUUUGCAAGACGCCCAUCAAACUCAUAACUCCUUCGGUCACUAG